AUGAGUCUUUCCAAGCCACCCCAAUUAUUGAGUGAUGCUGAUUUCACAAUAAUUGGGACAAUCGGUGUUGGUUCUUUUUCUACGGUUGUAAAGGCUACUAACAAAAAAGGUGCUAUGUUCGCUUUAAAAAAGCUAUUCUGGAAUAAUUCACCAGAUAGAAUCGUUAAAGAGAUCCAAUGGCUAAAUAAAUUAGAUCACCCAAACAUAGUACAGCUAUACGGCGCAUAUAGAGCUCAUGAUCAAGCUACUUUAGUAAUGGGCUAUGUUCCACAUACUUCAUUUCGUUCUUUAUUACAAAAUAUGACAUGCAAAAUUAUUAAAGACUACAUGAGAGGGCUUUUAAGCGCAUUACAAUACUUACAUUCACAUAAAAUAAUUCAUAGAGAUGUAAAACCAGCAAAUUUUCUUUUUGAUCCUGAAACAGGUAAUGGAUCUUUGAUAGAUUUUGGCUUGUGUGAAGAGGAUAAUCAUCCACCUCCACCGCAAUCCACAUUUGCGCAAUCAGAUUACGAUGAUAAUGACUAUGAUUUUAAUUUUCCGCAAUUAUGUCAAGGAAGACCUAAAAUGCAAGCGAAUAGAGCAGGUACAAGAGGAUUUAGAGCACCUGAAGUUUUAAUUUCAUAUCAGAAUCAAACAUCUGCAAUUGAUAUGUGGAGUACCGGAGUUGUUCUACUAUCAAUGUUAUCAGGAAGAUAUCCAUUUUUCAAAUCUCCAGAUGAUUUGACAUCAUUAUGUGAAGUUUCAACAAUUAUAGGUACAAAACGGCUGCAUGAAGCAGCGAAGCUAUGCAGAAGAAAGAUUCAUUUCCCGCGCGAACAAGAAGGCAUCGCAUUUCCAGAUCUUGUUAAAGGAUUAAAUCCUUAUUUCGAUCAGUUGGGAUGCGAUGAAAGCGUCUUCGAUCUCCUUGGAAGACUAAUGGAUCCAUCACCAUAUACACGAAUUACUGCUGAAGAUGCCUUGAGGCAUGAAUUUCUUAGAGAAAAAUAG